AUGUCACACUUAACAGAGUACCAGACCAUUGACCCAAGCAAUGGCAAGCUUAUCAAGAGAUUCUCUACUACAACCGACGACGAGAUCUCUGCCGCCAUUGACAAGGCUCACCGCACUUACACUACGGUCUGGCGGUCCACCCCGGUGCGUGAGCGAACAAACGUCCUCCGCAAAGUGGCCGAUUUAGUCCGCCAGAACAAGGAGGAAAUGGUUGAUAUUGGUGUUACGGAAAUGGGCAAGAUGAUUGAAGGCAUGGAGGGAGAGAUUGAAUUUAUCGUCCAAAUCCUCGAGUAUUAUGCCGACAAUGCCGAGCAGUUUAUGCAGCCUGUUCCUUGCCCAGGUGUCCCUGGUGCUGAGAUUGUCUCAGAGUCUCUCGGUGUGGUGUUGGCCAUAGAGCCCUGGAACCUUCCCUACUAUCAGGUCAUCCGUGUUGUAGCCCCCCAACUUGCUGCUGGCAAUGCGGUUCUUGUCAAGCCAGCCAACUGCGUUGCAGAGUCUGCGUUGUUCUUGGAAAAGCUCUUUAUCCAGGCCGGGGCCCCCGCUGGCGUGUUCCAGGUCAUCCUCGCCACUAUCCCUCAAAUCAACACCAUUAUCGAUGAUUUUCGCAUUAGAGGUGUGACUUUGACGGGCAGUGAAAGGGCCGGUAAGGCAGUUGCAGAACGAGCUGGUCGCAACUUGAAGAAGGUUGUUCUGGAGCUUGGUGGUUCGGACCCUUUUAUUGUCCUUGAGGAUGCCGACCUCGACGAGGCCGUUCAGAUCGCAUUCCAGGGCAGAAUGGAGAACAUGGGACAGAUCUGCGUGGCUCUGAAGCGCCACAUUGUCGUUGGCCGUGAAAGGGGCGAAAAGUUCAAGGAGGGUUUGGUCAAGCUCAUCAGGGGUAUGAAGGUUGGUGACCCCAGAGAUAGGUCUACCACUAUUGGACCUCUCUACGCUGAAGCCGGUGUAGUCAACAUUAUGCGCCAAAUUGAAGAGGCCAAGGCUGCCGGUGCUACGGUUGUGGUUGGUGGAAAGAGGAUUGACCGUCCUGGUGCUUAUGUUGAGCCCACACUCAUCACAAACAUUUCUCGAGAGAAUCCUCUCUUCUUGGAAGAGACGUUUGGACCAGUGGCCUCUUUAUACGUUGUUGAUACAGAAGAGGAAGCCAUUGAGCUCGCCAAUGCAACGCCAUAUGGCCUGGGAGGUGCUGUUGCCUCUUCCAGUGUUGAGCACGCCAAGAGAGUUGCUUCGCGGAUUGAGACUGGCAUGGUAUUCAUCAACUCUUCACUCAACUCCAGCCCUGCUAUCCCAUUCGGAGGAGUGAAGAACUCGGGCUAUGGCAGGGAGUUGGCUGAACUUGGGUUUCAAGAGUUUGUCAAUAAGAAGAUGGUUCGUGUGCAUGAGAAAUACUUGUAA